UAAACGUCGUGAUUUGGGCGUUCGAAUUGUUUUAGCAGAUUUCUGCAUAAUGUUAAUUGCUUCAGAUUUUCUAAAUUCUUCUGGUCUCCUACGAAUUUGCGAGGAAAGGGAAGCAUUUAGGUGUGUUAGAUCAAAGCUAGGCGGACCCUGCGGAUGAAAACGUUUGCACGAGGCUCGCAUUCCCUCGGAAACACAGCCCUAGCGCUCGGGUGAGGCAGGUGGUCCCACCAAGGUCCGCCCUCCCGCUUCUCCACUCGAGGUUUUCCUCAUGCCCUUUUUGCUUCUCCUUUGGGUCGGGCUGGAUGUAUAGAGUCUCCGCGAAGGCGGAUUUCUCUGCUGUCGGCUGCAGGCGCCGCGGCCCCCACCCAACCCCGCCGCCGCGGGACCGCCGGGCGUCCUCCAGCCGCCGGGAGCGCUGUGGGCCUCAGUGGGCCUGGUCGCAAACGCCCUGGCGGCCGCCGAGCGCUUGAAGGGAGCUGCUGGCGGGGCCCAGGGCGUCUCCGCCCGAGACCGCGCCACCGCUGCAGUCGCCACCAUGGGUAAGAGGAGCAGGCCGAGAGCGGACGUCGGGCCCUCUGUGCUGGGCCAAGACCGCGGCUGGGCAGGGAGGACUGGUGCUACAAAGGACCCCACAGCUGUAGAGAGAGCAAACUUGUUAAAUAUGGCUAAACUCAGUAUCAAAGGACUCAUUGAAUCUGCUCUAAGCUUUGGCCGCACUUUGGAUUCUGAUUAUCCCCCCUUGCAGCAGUUCUUCGUGGUCAUGGAACAUUGUUUGAAACAUGGUCUUAAAGUAAGAAAAUCAUUUUUGAGUUAUAACAAAACUAUUUGGGGCCCUUUGGAACUGGUGGAGAAGCUGUACCCAGAAGCAGAGGAAAUAGGAGCUAGUGUCCGAGAUUUACCUGGUCUUAAGACCCCCCUGGGUCGUGCAAGAGCAUGGCUUCGAUUAGCCCUCAUGCAAAAAAAAAUGGCUGAUUACCUGCGUUGCCUAAUUAUUCAGAGGGAUCUCUUGAGUGAAUUCUAUGAGUAUCAUGCACUAAUGAUGGAAGAAGAAGGAGCAGUGAUUGUUGUGCUGGUUGGCCUGAAUGUGAUAGAUGCUAAUCUGUGUGUAAAGGGAGAGGAUUUAGACUCACAAGUUGGAGUGAUUGACUUUUCCAUGUAUUUAAAGAAUGAAGAAGAUAUUGGAAAUAAAGAAAGAAAUGUUCAAAUUGCUGCUAUAUUAGACCAGAAGAAUUAUGUUGAAGAAUUAAAUAGACAACUGAACAGUACAGUCAGCAGUCUCCAUUCAAGAGUUGACUCAUUAGAAAAGUCAAAUACUAAGCUGAUUGAAGAGUUAGCAAUAGCAAAGAAUAAUAUCAUUAAACUCCAAGAAGAAAAUCAUCAGUUACGAAGUGAAAAUAAAUUGAUUUUAAUGAAAACACAGCAGCAUCUAGAAGUUACCAAAGUAGAUGUGGAAACUGAGCUUCAAACAUAUAAGCAUUCUAGGCAGGGGCUAGAUGAAAUGUACAAUGAAGCCAGAAGGCAGCUUCGAGAUGAAUCUCAGUUAAGACAAGAUGUGGAGAAUGAGCUAGCGGUACAAGUCAGUAUGAAACAUGAGAUUGAACUUGCCAUGAAGUUGUUAGAGAAAGAUAUCCAUGAAAAACAAGAUACUCUAAUAGGCCUCCGACAACAGCUAGAGGAAGUUAAAGCAAUUAACAUAGAGAUGUAUCAAAAGUUGCAGGGUUCUGAAGAUGGUUUGAAAGAAAAAAAUGAAAUAAUUGCCCGGCUAGAAGAAAAAACCAGUAAAAUUACUGCAGCCAUGAGGCAGCUGGAACAAAGAUUGCAGCAAGCAGAGAAGGCGCAAAUGGACACUGAAGAUGAGGACAAGAAAUGCCUGCAAGAAUGUCAGAGUAAAUUCGACAGUCUCCAGAAACAAAUCUCCCAAAAGGAGAAACAGCUGGUGCAGCUGGAAACCGAUCUGAAGAUUGAGAAGGAAUGGAGGCAGACUUUGCAGGAAGACCUUCAAAAGGAAAAAGACACCUUAUCUCAUCUUAGAAAUGAGACCCAACAAAUCAUUAGUCUUAAAAAAGAGUUCCUUAACCUCCAGGAUGAAAAUCAGCAGUUGAAAAAAAUAUAUCAUGAACAGGAGCAAGCUCUUCAAGAACUUGGCAACAAACUUAGCGAAUCAAAACUUAAAAUAGAAGAUAUAAAAGAAGCUAACAAGGCAUUGCAGGGACUGGUUUGGUUGAAAGACAAAGAAGCAACACAUUGUAAACUCUGUGAAAAGGAAUUCUCACUUUCUAAGAGAAAGCACCAUUGUAGAAACUGUGGGGAAAUUUUCUGUAAUGCUUGCUCUGACAACGAACUGCCUUUGCCUUCUUCACCAAAGCCAGUAAGGGUUUGUGACUCCUGUCAUGCAUUACUGAUUCAGAGAUGCUCAUCUAACUUGCCGUAAGACUACAGAACUAAAUUCUUAUGAAAAGUAUUUAAGAUGAAUGUUAUGUAUGAACAUGUAUACAACAUAUUCAGACAACCCCUCUUAAGCAGCUUUCAGGCAGUAUUGGUACUAAUUUUACCUUCCAUGUAUUUCAGCUCAUGGGAAUUAUAAAUUGUAUAAUUUGACAUUUCCUUCCCCAUUGAAGAAUUUAACACAGCAUGCUUUAAAGUAACUUUAGCCCAAUUCCUGAUGUAGUAUCAUGUAACUUAAUGCCAUUGUGAGGCCAGACAGCAUAGCUAACACGUUUGCCUUAUUUUGUAAAAGCCUUCUUAACAAUAGGGCUGCAAAUGUUUUAUUCUCUAGAUUGUCAAACUGAUACUUGAUGGUGCCUGUAAUUUUCUUAAUGCACUUUAAAGCUUCAGUUCUCAGAGAAAGAUUAAAAACAUAUUUUAUAAGUAUUAAUAUUCCAAUUCAACAGUUUUCAUUAGCCCAAACUGUAUUUACCUCUCCCCCCAUCCCCAUCACAUUAGGAAAGAAAGACCUCCCAGAGAUCCCGCCGUGGCACAGUGGGCUGUUGUUUGUCCCUGCAGCAGUUAGAGGGUCCCUGGCCCAGGGAACUUCCACAUGCCACAGGCAUGGCUAAAAAGGAAAAAAAAAAAGGCCUUCUUUCUCUAAAAUCAAUGCUGUUAUUUGCUGAUAACUUUUAUUUUUUCCUAAAUUUUAUUUUGAAAGGAAGUUAAAAUUCCAUAUGCAUUUCUUAGGGAGGACUUGUACCCCCUUUAAAAGUGGAAACAAAAUAAAUCCUUCCCCCAGGGGGAAAAAUGUAAUAGCAGGGAUUACAGGCUCCUGAUUCUUCUCUAAGCAUUAAAGGAGAAUCUAAAAUGCGAUUAAGUCUUGCCUGAGUAAUUAAGAAAACUUACAUUUCCAUUCCAGUAAUGUUUAAGAAGCAUUGCAUUGUAGCAGUCUACUAUUGCAGUAGACUAAAAAUUUCACUAUACUGAGUACUAAGUCAGGGUCUAGAAGAUUGAAGAUUGUAGCCUCAGCCCUGCCAUCAAAUGCAUGCUUGAACUAUUUCAAACAUGAAAGUCAAUGAACACUAACUCCCAUUUUGUUGCUUAUAGAAUUUAAUCUGUAAAAACAAUUACCCUUGGGAGCUCCCAUUGUGGGUUAGUGGUAAUGAACAUGACUAGCAUCCAUGAGGAUGAGGGUUCAAUCCCUGGCCUUGCUUACUCAGUGGCUAAGGAUCUGGUGUUGCUGUGGCUAUGAUGUAUAGGCAGGCAGCUGCAGCUCAGACAGAACCCCUAGCCUGGGAAUUUACAUAUGGUGCAAGCAUGGCCCUUAAAAAAGCAAAACCCCAAAAAACCCCCAAAACCUUGUAUAAUUAACCACUGGGGUUAUAUAUCUACAGUCAUGCACUUUAAGUCUGCGAACUUUCAAACAUGUCAUUAAGUGGUUAUCUUAAAUUACGAGUAUUAGUGAAUGAAUCAUGGCCACCUUCUUCCCCCUACCUACCCAAGAUAGGGUUCCUUAUUCUACAGGAUCCUUUCCUCAGAAUACAUAUUUGAGGUUUAAAAUUAUUUAAUAAUUUAAUUUUCUAAAUUGCCAAAGUAUGAAGCCAGUUAUUUUAAGAUUUAUCUUUUCCAUAAUCUGGUCAAUUUUUGAGGUCUUUAGUCGAAACUGACAGAUUUUUAAGUGAUCUUUAAUGCUGAAUGUUUUCAAGAAAAGAAUUAUAUUCUUGGAACUGUUCUGAAUUGAUGGGAUGCAUUAACAUUUUUAUGAUUGCUAAAAAGGAGAAUAAGCAAAAAAGAAAAAUUUCAAAUACUGUUUUUUACUACUGUGUUUAACACAAACUGUAAAAUGUGAUUUCCUUAAUUGCAAGGAUGGUUUCAUUCAGUAAACCAUGAUUUUCAUCCCCCCUUUAAAUUCUUUGCCACUCAAAACUCACUGAUUGGAUAUGCUUUUAUGAUCGUGUAUGUACUCCAUUGUUUUGAAUCUUUAUCUAAAAACCAUUUUACUAACUCUGGAUUUUGUGUUACAGAACUUUCAGUUUGUACUUUCUGAUAGUGAACUUCACAUACCAUUCCCUUAUCUAGGACUACUACUAUAUGUUAUCAUGGUGCCAAGGAAUUGUGAUUCUAAUUCUCUUACCCACUUUUAAAAUGUGAAUUUUAUAUUACAAAUAAAAGAUUUGGAAAAUUAUCUGGCUUUAAGAAGGCUACCUCAUUUAACUACAUUUUAUACUUGUACUGCUUAGAAGAUUUUAACAGGGUAAUCCUGGGCAAAAACAUAGGUCAUCUUUAAAAAAAGUGGUAUUACUAUUUAAACGGGUUAUUAAGGGAGUGAGUACAGGCAGUAAGAUGAAUCAUUGCUUCAGCUGAUAGGUUUCAGCAUCACAGCUGCCCUCUCUACCAGCAGAAAUCAUUAAGUCAAUGCUACCAAUCUGAUUUAUAAUCAGUAACGACACGAAGCAUUCUAGGACAGACGCCAUACUCUUAUCUCCCACAUUGAUAUUUAUUACAUUAAUAACAUUUCUAGCAAAAACAAGUAACAAGUUCAGUAACUGAGUUCACAUUGACAGGUUUCAUUUUGAUCCAUCAGCCAAUUUGGAAAAAAGCCAUAUUGAUCAAAGGGAUUAAAAGUAAAAAGCACCUUUUCCUUGCUACAUAUUAUUUUUAACACAAUGGCUCUUAAACUCCAAACAUAUCAGAUGCAGAAUCUAACCGCAAGACUCUCAAGACAUGGACUUGUGUCUUACAUUUUUUUUAAAGUAUUCAUCUAUACAGUUAUUUAAAAAAAAAAAACAAAAAAACAAAACAAAACAAAAAAAAACCCCCCAAAAAACCCCAUACACUUUAACUACUGGGCUGGAAACCGAAAAUACAUCUGUGAGAGUUACACUGCACAGUAAAUAUACCUUUGUACUUGUACUGAAUUCUCUUAUCACUGAGAACCUAGUCUAAGACAUUUUGAGAUAACUUACAACUAUCAUUUUUGGAAACAUUUUUUGGUACUUCAGUCAAGUGCUGAGAUUUAUUCUAAAAUCUAGGGCUAGAAUUUAAACUUCCAACACUCUCACCUGCAGGUAACAAAUUAUGAAUAUUCAGAAAUCCAGAUAACCUGUUAGAUGUUCAACAUUUCAGAGCUAUGCCUGAUAAAUGAUGAUUGAAAAAUAAUAUAGAAUUAGCUGAAUUUAUACUCCUGAAACCACCUAAACUCAUCUUUAGGUUUUAUAUUUACAGUAUUGUCCAAGAGAAAUUAAAGAGUUACACUAAUUAUUUUCCAAGUUCUAUUCCAGAUGUCUGCUUAUUAAGACUUGUAGUUUAUGCAGAGGUGAACCACUGUCCUCUAAGAUUACACUAUACUACUUCUUGUACAGCUAAUAGUAAAAUACACCAACCCAAAUCUUAUGAAAGCAGCACAUCCUUAGGAGUAACUAGUAUAUAAAAAGUAUCAACAUCAGUGGUUUGAAUAUAAAAAUUUAUUUUUUAAGUCAAAGUAUGCAACAAAUAAAACCUACAGAAAACAGAUUUUCCCAUCACAAUCUGUUGCUUUACCAAAUAAUAUUUUGAAAACACAUUCCUUCAGUCAUUAUAAAGUUCUUAAAAUACAAAAGAAA